GCGAACUUUAGAGCCAAAGAGACGUUGAGGCCAUCGGGCAUCUUGUUUACGUGUUUCUACAAGUCUGGAAAACUGGUUUUCGCGACUGAAAUAAGAUAAUGUGACAUAAAAUAACAUUCAUUUUGAUUUUUCUGUGUCAGUGCCGAUUUUCUAAUAGUUAGAACGAUGUUUGGAGGGAUUUUUGCAUUGUUUAUGUGCCUCUUUGUGAGUGUAGUACGGAGCAGGGAUGAACCUUACUUCGUCAAAAGCCCAAAAGACGUAGACGUGGUCCUGGGCAAUUCUGUAACGCUACCGUGCGAAGUAACACCGAGCAACGGGAUCAAAUAUUACUGGGAAUUGAACGGUUCUAAAAUAGCAAAUACCACUCGUCGGUAUCAACUCAGCAGCAAUUUGCAUAUAACUCGCGUGGAUCGCGAAAGAGAUUCCGGCCAAUUCACUUGUAUCGCCGAGGACACGACAGGACAAGCAAACGCCAUCACCAGUUCCCCGGCCACGAUCAACAUUCAAUGGAUAGACGAAGCCUCCGUCGUUCUUCAAGAGCCCGAAUCGGUCACGUUUAUAAAACGUGGCAGCGACGUUAUUUUGAGAUGUCAUCUGGACGCAUCCGGGGAGGUCCACUUUGAGUGGUUUCGGAACACAGACCAUUUAACGAAAUCGGCCAGGCUUGAAAUUAAAAAGAAGAGGUUGCACAUCAAGUCCGUGGAGGCAUCAGACAACGGGGUUUACAGAUGUGUCGCCAAAAACGAGGCUGGAGUUCAGCAUUCUGCGAAGAAUUUCGCUCUGAUUGUUCCAGGUAACCACACUCCACUUAUACAAACCGUGCCUUCAGAUUUAAUAAUGAAGCAAGGAAACACUGCCUUCUUGGACUGUUCCUACCAAAAUGCCGACGUUAUAGAGUGGUAUCUGAAAGACCAACGACUUGAAAAUAAUAAAAGAAUUACCAUCCACUCUAACGGAACUCUACAGAUCAACGAUGUCGGCAAGCUGGAUCAAGGUCUCUAUACUUGCGUCGGCAUCAGAAGUGAAUCUGCAGAGGUUCCUCAAAGUUACACUGCCGAAUUAAAGUUAGCAUAUAUCGAACCAAUGACAUCCGCCUCUUUUGAACCAACACUGCCAGAAAACUCACGGAAAAUCGUAGGUGAAGGGUCCAGUUUUCAACUUACCUGUUUACCGCCAAAAAGUUUACCUCCCGUUAAGAAAUGGUGGGAAAACCAACAUGGACACACUAUUUCUGACACUGGUGAUAUUCGUGUGGACGAUGGACGACUUAUCAUCGAUCACGUAAAACCUGAAAACGCUGGAUUCUACAAGUGCGUCGCUGAAAAUAUCGCCGAUAUCACUGAAAAAACCAUCGAAAUUGUCGUUACAAUGAAACCAAAGAUAACAGUACCACCCGAAAGCGUAACUGUCGAUGAAAACGAAAAGUCCGUCCUCACGUGCGAGUUUGAGUCGUCCUCAAGGGAACACACCGUCCUUAAAUGGAAGAAAGACGGUAAAACUCUGAAACACGAGUACGACGAAGGCGUCCUGUCUCAUCCAAGGAUCAAGAUCUUCAAACAGAACGGAACGCUCUUGAUCAGCAAUACUCAAGCUAGCGAUCGUGGGGAGUAUGUUUGUGAGGUCAUUACUGCGGGGCAGAAGCCUGUUUUUUCGAAACCUGCCACGAUAUCUGUGAUAGAACAAUUAAGAUUUGUGCCUGCGCCGGUCAACAAAAAAAUGGAGCUGGGCAGUAUAGCUAAGGUUCAUUGUAAAGCUCAGGGCACUCCCCCACCGAUUAUCCGUUGGGAGAAAGAGGGCAUUCCAGUGGAGAAUUUAUCUACCCAUAUUUCCGAUAUGAACGGUACUCUACACUUCAACGGAGUUCUUGGGGAAGAUAAAGGAAGGUAUAAUUGCAUCGCUAGCAACAGCCAAGGGAUCAUCAACGCUUCCAUACAAAUAGAUGUUGUAGUUGCCCCAAAGUUUAGCGUCUUGCCGAAGUCCCCCACUGAAGCCAUCGAAGGUGAAUCCAUUUUUAUCGAUUGCGUGGUAGAAGGCGAUCCAAAACCGACGAUCCAGUGGGACAAAAACUUGAAAAUGAACGAUUUCGAUUUGGAGAGAUUCCAGGUGUUAAAGAACGGUACCUUGUACAUUCAGCACGUGCGCAAAGACGACGAAAACAAGUACGGAUGUACUGCUGGGAGUAGCGCUGGAUUGAACAGAAAAGAAGUACAGCUCAUCGUGCACUCAUUAGAUAGUAUGCAAGCAGGUGACUCCACAGUGACAAGAGCAGUGUUGAUAACGAUGUCAGUGGCUGGUGCCUACAUCAUCUUGGUGGUCGGUUUGAUGGUGUGGUGCAGAUAUAGAAGAAAGGCGAGGAAAAUACCUCUUGCUGAUGUUCCAAAAGCAGAAAACGGCGACUUAGAACAUACCGAACUGAAGGAACCCAUCAACGGUACCAGUUCUGCUGCCCCCAAGGUCAAACUCAACGGUGUAGAGAGCCAUAAAGAGGGACAAAGAAGCGACGGAGCAGAAACGACCAAUUCCCAAUCUUCAAACCAGUCGAAGAAGUCAAAAUCGAGUCUCUACGACAAGCUAGCUUUCUCUAGGAGUCAUUUGAAAGAACUCAAGCUAAUCGGUCGUGGAGAGUUUGGCGAAGUAUUCGUAUCCAAGACGACCAAAAGCGCCAUUGCUAACGAAAAGCGACAUUCCAAAACCUCCCAGUCGACGUCAGAUGCCGACGACAAAGAAGUUCAUGUGCUAGUAAAAGCUCUCAGCAACACUAAAGAUGAAAAUUGUUUGGCGGAAUUCAAGAGGGAGAUCGAUAUGUUUAAUAAACUCAAUCACGAGAAUAUUACGAAGCUGUUUGGACUGUGUCGAGAAGCUGAGCCGCAUUAUAUGAUCAUUGAACAUUCAGAUUGGGGCGAUUUGAAGAAAUUUUUGGUGGCUACAAAAACUGGAAGUCCUCCUCCUCUGACGGCCGUACAGGCUGUAGCUGUUCUGCAUCAGUUAGCCCGUGGCAUGGACUAUUUGGCUAACAAUAGACAAGUUCACAAGGACCUAGCGGCGAGAAACUGUCUGAUAUCUUCACUGUUGGUAGCUAAAGUUGGGUUGCCGAGGUUAACUAGAGAUCCUUACAGUCAGGAAUAUUGCAAACAUGUCAAUCAGGUUAUUCCUCUAAGAUGGCUGCCAUAUGAAGCUGUCUACGAGGACGAAUACUCAACGAAGAGUGACAUCUACGCUUAUGGCGUCCUAAUGUGGGAAAUAUUUGCUCAAGGAGAAUUACCUCAGUCCAAAAUUAACGAUAACACUUUCCUGAACAAAUUAAAGGAGAAGAAAAUCGAAUGGAAGCCCCAUCCUUCCACACCCGAAGAGCUGAUUGCUUUGCAGGAAUCCUGCUGGAGCGUCGAUCCUCAACAGCGACCUUCCUUCACGGACGUCUGUACACGAAUGGAAGAAGUACUCAAAUCCAUGUAAAUAAACCUACCCCCUAAGACACCGAAACCAAAUUCUCGUACACUGACAUUUCCUUAGACAUGUCAUACUAUGCUUCCAUUAUAACGAAACUCUUCUCUGACUCUAGCGUUAAGUUUAUUUAUUUUUCUAUUUUUAGGUGUGAGAUAUUAAAAAAAUUAUCCGUCAGGCUGAUCUCAGAAAUAUCUGUUGAAAGUCUAUAUUAUGGAACUAUCGAGAAAAAUUUAUUUGAUAUAGUCUGAAUUAACAACAACGCGGACUGAGGCUGUAGCCACAUCUACACAAUAAUAUAUUACAUAACCUAACAUUGAUACGAGCCGUUCACCGUGUUUCGCGGGGCACGUAAAGCCGUCGGUUCCCCUGGGCUAGUGUGUUUCGACACUAGCUAGGAAGGAUAUCCCUAGCAAAAAUGCCAAUGAUAUUAUUAUUAUAAUUUACCUAAUUUUUACAAUUUUGACAGGUCACAAUGCUAAUCAGCCUCAUUUAAAUUUAAAAAGGGGUAGUUCCCUAGGUUGGCUGUAUAUCAUAUACAUAGUUAAGUAAAAACCACUUCUAUGUAAUAGUUAUAUUUAUUAAAAAUUUUUAAAAAUCCCAAUGGAUUGAAUAAAAUGUGUCCAAUUCAGAGCGU